CUCAAUGAGGGGAAAUGACCGCGAGUGACCUCAGAGGAAACACUGGAUUUUAAGCCCCGCUGGGUUUCUUAUUAUAUUUCACACAUUUGAACAAUAAUGUGUGUUUAGAUUUUAGCUCGACGUCUUCCGGUCAACAGCCACGUUUCAUCCCGGGAGCGGUUUGCGGUGUGUCUCGGUGUAGCUGUGUGCUAGCAUCAGCUAAAGCUAAGCUAAGCUAACACAGCCUCCUCCUCCACCCCCAGCCUGUCACUGCCAGCGGCGGGGAUUCGACGGUUCUUCCCCCGCAGAUGCUAAGCUAAGCUAAGGGGGAAAAGGCUCGGAGCUGCUGCCAUGGACAAAGCGAAGUCAAUGAUGGACAAGAAGGGAGCGUCCGGACCUUUUCAUGUCAACACCGGGCAGAGCCAGCGGGGGUGCAACGGACACGUCGCGGUGGCCGGGAACGGAGGCUGCUGCAGCGGGGCUGGGUUCGGCUCGAGCCCGGGAAACAGCAGCAGCAGCAGCAGCAGCGGAGGAGGAGGAGGUGGAGGAGGAGGCUGCAGCUCCUCGUUUGACAGCAUGCACCUCCUGCACCGCGGCGAGGAAGCGGAGUGCAACGGCUCCCCGGCCAAGAGGUGCCGGCUGCGGCGGAGGACAGAGUCGGUGAGACGGAGCAGACCCCCCUUCCCCUGGUUCGGUAUGGACAUCGGUGGCACCCUGGUGAAGUUGGUGUACUUUGAGCCAGUCGAUAUCACUGCAGAGGAAGAACAGGAAGAAGUGGAAAACCUCAAGUCCAUCCGCCGCUACCUCACCUCAAACGUGGCUUAUGGUAAAACAGGGGUCCGGGACGUCCACCUGGAGUUGAGGAACCUGACCAUGUGCGGCAGGACGGGGAACCUGCACUUCAUUCGCUUCCCGACACAGGCCAUGCCCCGUUUUAUCCAGAUGGGACGCGACAAGAACUUCUCCAGCCUGCACACGACACUCUGCGCCACCGGAGGCGGGGCCUACAAGUUCGAGAACGACUUCCAGAUGAUGGCCGACCUGGAGCUGCUGAAGCUGGACGAGCUGGACUGCCUGAUUCGUGGACUGCUGUACGUCGACCGGGUGGGCUUCAACGGACACCCGGAGGGCUACUACUUCCAGAACCCGUCAGACACGCAGAGCUGUGUGAAGAAGACCUGCACCCUGGAUAACCCCUUCCCCAUGCUGCUGGUCAACAUCGGCUCCGGGGUCUCCAUCCUGGCCGUGUACUCGCCGAGCGACUACAAGCGGGUGACUGGGACCAGUCUGGGAGGUGGAACAUUCCUGGGCCUCUGCUGCCUGCUGACGGGAUGCGAGACGUUCGAGGAGGCGUUGGAAAUGGCCAGCAAGGGCGACUCCACCAACGUGGACAAGCUGGUGAAAGACAUCUACGGAGGAGACUAUGAGCGCUUUGGCCUGCAGGGCUCUGCUGUCGCAUCCAGUUUUGGUCACAUGAUGAGCAAAGACAAGCGAGACAGCAUUUCUAAGGAAGACUUGGCCAGAGCCACGCUGGUCACCAUAACUAAUAAUAUAGGAUCCAUAGCACGGAUGUGUGCUGUCAAUGAGAAAAUCGAGCGAGUUGUGUUUGUUGGGAACUUCCUUCGCAUCAACACGGUUUCCACAAAGCUGCUGGCCUACGCCAUGGACUUCUGGUCCAAAGGACAACUACGAGCCCUCUUCCUGGAACAUGAGGGUUACUUCGGGGCCGUGGGUGCACUGUUGGAGCUGCUCAAGACAUCAGAGGACCCGUAAAGGAAGCCGCGUGACAUCAUCAUCCCUCGACAGAAGGAUGUCUCCACCUCUGGAUGAUGUGACGUUGUCCACUUUGACGCUGCUGAAAGGUCCCGUUCUCAGAGGCCACUAAAGGAACACUGAGCAGGGGACACAGAAACUGAAAAAAGCCAUUUUAAUAAUUUAACAUGUGUAAAUAGCGAAAACCUCUAACAUGUAUCUUCUUAAUUCCCCAAAUAGAGUCGCCCUAUCAUAGAGGUUUUAAUAUUGUGAUCUUUAAUUUAUGGUUUCCUGUAAUUUUCUGCUGCUCUGUUGAUUCCUGUCGGGAGACACGGAGUGUUUCAGUGAUCUUUGUUACGCUGUUUGCGUGUGUGUGUGUGAGUGUGUGAGUGUGUGAGAAAACCUACUGUAGCAUUAUGUCCUGGAGGCUGUGGUGUCCCUGUCGACUAUUUGUGCAACAAGAUACUAUGUCCACACAGAAAUUAAGUUGCUCUCUAAUGAGUGACUGAGCAUGUUUAACCCCCAGAGACUCAGAAACUCGUCUGCCGGAAGGACAGAAAUAGCCAAACGUUUCGGACAUUUUUGGUAUUAGCUGAGGCUCGGGAGGCAUUUUGUUGUUGCACAAAAAGUGGCCCAGGACACUUCAGUCUUUUUAGGGAAGUGCACUGAAGCCAAAUCCUUUUGAGAUUCAAACGCCUGCCUCCUACAGAGAGGAAGCAGAUACACAGUCUUUAAUUCUCUCUGUGUGGUUCCACUACAAAUGGCCUUUUUGUUUUUUGUCUGUAUGUCCUCCAUCUACCUUAAAGUCAUGCAAACAUCAUUAGCACGUUCACGCCUCACCUGCUGAGUUCAGUGUUACCCAGCGGGACCAAGACAUUGUCUUCCAAUAGUUUGUGCUACAGCGGCAUCGUAGAAGUUUGUGUUUGGUGAAAUACUGUGGGAUUUAGUUCCUCUCUGUUGGGAAUUGUCUUUUCUUUUCCUCUUCGCCUCCCGUCAGUGUCGAGCUCGAGGACACUUCAGCCGCUCGUUGGCCUGAUUCCUCGUCCUGCAGCUUCUCUAGCGCCCUGCUGCCUUGUUUGGCUGAAGCAUUGUGAUGCGACGAGGCUCUCGGGCUGAGCCAAUGUGAUGCUAACGCUCCAUGUGAAACCGGGCAUUUAUAAAAAGCUCUUGACGCAUAUGCAGAAGAAUGCCGUCACCUUCUGGGAGACAAUAGGGACCAGGAAGCUUUACGGCCUGUGUCGUCCCUCCUGCAAAAUACACAGAUGCAAAUUUGCCAGCAACACAAUCCACUCAGCUACUGUUUGUGUAAAUGUGCUGAUUUGGCGGUUUGUCGUCAUCGUGCUGCUGUUUAGACGACAUCUAGAGAAACAGUGGGGAAGAACUUUAAUCCUUCACUUGCAGGAGACUGUAAACUGAUCUGCAAAAAUUAUGUGAAGUUGCAAUUUUACAUUACAAGCACAUACUAAAGUCAAGGUUAGCUACGCAUCCCACUGACGGCUGUAAAGACGCUGCUGCUUCACUCGUGAGCUCACGAGACACUGACAGUGAAUCACCCUGAGCCUCCACAACAGCCUCUCAUCUCUGUUCACUGUAAAGAACUGGACCCUGCAGCCUGUGUAUUUAUUACCUCCGUCUUCUUGCCUUUUACUUUCCACGAACCUCUCUCCCUGUUUGGACUCGACCUCCGCUCGUUCAAACCAUCCGUUGUCAAACACCUUCAGAUCCUCACUGCUAACAUGCUUUUCUUUGUGGCUGUUUUCUGUGUCUCUGAGCCGAGGUGUUGUAGCCCAGUGCUGGAAUAAUGAAGUCCUGACUAGCAGGCUGAGCGUUAUGCAGGUACUCUGAAUCAACCGACUGCGGUUUAAUGACGUGAGUGAAGGAGGUUUUAUCCAUUACAACUCACUAUAUGUAACAUUUUAAAAAGCAAAGCUGGAGAAUUUCUUUUUACUUGCGAACGAUUAAUGGAAUAGUCACUUUUAGCAGAGGCUUAUUAAAUGCAAAGCUCACGCAGGUAAAUCUGCGGUUUGAUACUAUUUCAAGUAUUUAAUCCUCCGUGUGUUCCAUCCUGAUGCUGCAGACAUUCUGUUCAGGUGCUUUCUCAUCUAUUUCUCUUAUCCUCAGACUUUGCCUUUUUCCUCCAGCUCAUGUUUGGAUGCUGUGUCUGUGGCCUCGACCGGUCGAGCGCCGCUCGGCCGUCGGUUAUCUCUAACCACCUUCUCUCUUAAUCUGAAAUCCCUGAUUUGUUGCCUUCGCCGUGUAUUUUAUCCCACGUUCGUGCCCUUCAGUUUCCUGUGUGGGUUCUCAACUUUACCUCAAUGUGUUUUUCUUUAUGUUCAGGUUUCACUCUUUGCGUUCUGUCUUUUUUUGUGUGUGUUUUGCCAUAAUACUGUAACAAAGGAUUCAGUGCAGUUAACACACAUUUGCAUUAAGGUGUUCACGAUUCUCCUGCUUCAACCUUAAGUACAAAGAAAGAUUUUCCUCUAAAAAUCUGAGACGAGAACUCAAACUUAACUUGUUUUUCAACUUUUCUUUUCAAUGGUUUUGGCAACAGUUUGGUUUGGGAACAAAAUGUUUUCCAAUAAAUGUCCUUUUUUUGUUUUGAUCCUGCUUGUGACAAGUAAUGUGAGUGAAUGUGCUUUUCAUGUCAUUUGAAAAUACUGUUGUGGUGAAUUUAUUUUAUUUUUCUUUGUUGGCACAAAAAGAACCAGUGUGAUUGUUGAAAUGUAAAUCCCUGCUGUGAUGUGCAGCACUUAUAGAAGUGCAACCUUUUAAAAACACAUAUCAUCACUGUCCUGCAGACCUUUUUAAAAACGGGUGGUUUCAACAUUUAUUCUGUGCUGUUCACUAUUUAGCUCAGACCUGAGGUCAGUGCAAUCUGUUAUUGGAAAUAGAUAAAGGAAGACAAACAGGAAACAUUUAAAUAUGAUAAAGUCUGCAGAAUAUUGAUGACCUGUGUUUUAAAGUUGUUUUGUCAUGUUUUUAAAGUUUGCCUGUGUUCAGUGAUGGUGAAAUUACAAGUUCUGACAUCAUUUUCCACUAAUUUGAAAUAGUAAUAUCGUUGCUUUAGAUACUUUAUUAUUCUUGAACCUACAAUAACUAUUGUUCUAAUCUAUCGCUGCAGCUUCUGUGUUUAAAUCUGCAAAAAAACUAAAGAGGAUUUUAAGACAGAGCAUUUGGGCCUAUUGAAGAAAGUAAAUCCGAGAUUUCAAGAAUAAAAUAAUUUUGCGGGAUUAAAGAAAAUUGCAAAACCAGUGAUACCAGAGUUCCUGGAUCCAAAAUCUUUAAUGUCAGUUUCUUAAACAACUUUCGAAAUCCCUUUUGAAUAUGACGUAUAGAUUAAAGUCCAAAAAAUAGGCAAUUUCCUCAAGUUUGUGUCUUUCUACAGAAUCAAGUCAUGAUAAUGUGGAGCUGCUGGCCCGAAUGCUCAGUCCUAGAAUUUAAAAACCUUAACAUAACCUGUGUGAAUGUUCAGUCGAAGCAGUAUCACAUCUCAAAAGUGUUUGAAACAUUCUCUACAGCACAGAUCCAGUCUGAAGUCUGUCACCCCUCUAAGGCAAUGAUUUCUGUCCCGUUAUCACGAGUGAGGAUGUUUGUUUGUUUUUAAAACCUAUCUGAGGUGUGACGUGGGGGUUUGAACCUGUUGUCUGGGGUUUAUGUCCCAGAUCAGUGUGAAUUUCUUUGGUUUAAAGUAUCCACUUAAUAACAAAGCUAACGUCAUCCAUAGGGGGAUCUAACUAAAAGGCUAUGCAGCAGCACACGUGUCCCCUUUAACAAUCUCAUCUCUGAAUCGUCACAGUUAAUUCAACCUGUUUGUUAAUGUGUGUUUUUAAAAACAUAUGCAACCCUGUUAGUUUCCUCCGGUUGGAGUCUGGACGGAGAGUUUGUGUCCUGCUGAUUGAGUCGUUAACUCUAUUUAAUGUGGAUGUUUGCAACAGGGUGUUGUCGACUGUUCCAGUGUGAGCGCCCGGUGUGGAGAGAAGUUUUGUUGCUUUGAAUGUUUCAUGACAUUUCGCCUUUUUCCAAUCUGUCUUUUUUUACAUGUGUGUAAAAGUGGUAGUUGGUAUAUUCUGGUGUUUUAUCUUCUCAUAGACUUACUUCAGGGUAGAUAGAGAAAAGUAAACACAUUGUUGUCCAACCUCGUAUCACACAACAGUCAGUGUUCCUUCUGACCUUGUGACCCCCCCCCCCCCCUGUACUCAAACCUUUUCCGGAGGUCGAACAUCCUGUUGCACGAACACAUCCACUCUUUAAACUCUCCUCUAGAAUGCUUGACUGGCAGGAAAAAAAAACCUGUUUCAACCCUUGUGUAUUUAAUUGUACAGAGAUUUUUUUGUAAAUAGUAUUAAUAUGAUAUAUUCUACACCAGCAAUCUGUCUGUGGAUGAAGUGGAUUCAGCGGUUCAGGGCCUCGUAGUGAAAAGAAUCAAACGUCAGAGCAGACAGAACACGAUGCAUCGAGACAAACCAACUUCUCUCUGCAGCUUUAUCACACUUAUCAAAAUCUUUACCAGAGCUGCGGUGAUUGGUUGUUAGAAAAAUAUGUGAAGAAAUGUGUGUUGAUUUCCUCUUGGUAGAUGGUUGAUGGGAUUUUUGUUUAGGAAUAGAUAUAUUUCGACAUGUUUUUGUGAUUGUCUAAAGCUCUGCGGACUGUCCGAUAGGAAAACUUUACAUUUAUGUCACUUUAAUAUAUUUUAAACGCAAUCGGAAAUUCUGAACUGUGAUUGAGAACUGAAAUAAAAGUCUUUUUAAGGAGGAAUGUUGGUUAAAUUGCACAUUUCCUCUACAAGUUGUUGUGUUUUAAUGUUUAACGUGAGGACACAGCGGUCCUGAUGCCUGUUCUCUGUCUGCUGGAGUUCGACGCCGGUUCUUCACCUCGGCUUCUCUGUGAUCUGGAUCCGAGUGUGAACCUUCGAGGAGCCCAGGGCUGGUUGUUGGCGUCAGUUCUGCUGCUGCUUUUAACUCUGGUUUGAAAAAUAAAGAAAAGAAGGCGUUGAAAAAAAAAGAGAAUUAACAAAAGGCUCCAUGCCUUGUGCAAUGUGUAUGUACUGAAGUGAAGAGAUUUCUUUUUCUUUUUCUAAAAAUUAAUUAAACUAAAACUGGAUGAGAUAA